CUGACUGAAAAUCACUAACAGUCAUUAACACAUAUAUUUGGUUACAUUCUCUCAGAAUGUGGAGUGGCACCUCUGAGCUCAAGAAUUGUGGGUGGGGUAAACGCAUCAGCUGGAUCAUGGCCCUGGCAGGUCAGCCUUCAGAUUAUUUCCAGCAAUUGAAGCUUUCAUGUCUGUGGAGGGACUCUGAUCAGCAGCCAGUGGGUGCUCACUGCAGCUCACUGCCGUGUAACAUCAAACACCAGUUGGUGGCUUGUUGUCAUGGGCCAAGUGAAUCUGGCUACCCCAAGUGAUCAUACGCAGAUCCACCUCAUCUCCAAGUUCAUUAGACAUCCUUCAUUCAACCCAUCAAGGUAUGACAAUGACAUUGCCCUGAUUCAACUCGGGGGCCCAGUCAACUUCACCAAUUACGUCAGACCGAUCUGCCUGGCAAGUAACUCCAGCCAGUUCAACACCAACACCACGUGCUGGUCCACAGGAUGGGGCCAAAUCAACAGCAGUGAGCCACUGCCAUCACCUUUUCCACUGCAGGAGGUUCAGGUUCCUGUGAUUGGAAAUAAACAGUGUAACUGCACUUUAAACACAUUCACACCUAUCAACCUCCCUGAAGACGGGGACUCAGGUGGCUCUCUGCAAUGUAAACAAGGCUCGGUGUGGAUCCAGGCAGGUGUCACCAGUUUUGUGGUACCUUGCGGUUUGGGUUUCCCUGACGGCUAUGCCAGAAUAUCAUUUUUUCAGUCUUGGAUCACAGAUCAAAUCGGAGGGGCGAAUGUAACCUUCAAGACAUUCACUUCCAGUGGUACAGAUCCAGACAGCAGCUUUGUGUGUUCUACAGCAAGACCUUCAUUACUACAUAUAUUUGGUUACAUUCUCUCAGAAUGUGGAGUGGCACCUCUGAGCUCAAGAAUUGUGGGUGGUGUAAACACAUCAACUGGAUCAUGGCCCUGGCAGGUCAGCCUUCAGAUUAUUUCCGGCAAUCAAAGCUUUCAUGUCUGUGGAGGGACUCUGAUCAGCAGCCAGUGGGUGCUCACUGCAGCUCACUGCCGUGUAACAUCAAACACCAGUUGGUGGGUUGUUGUAAUGGGCCAAGUGAAUCUGGCUACCCCAAGUGAUCAUACGCAGAUCCACCUCAUCUCCAAGUUCAUUAUACAUCCUUCAUUCAACCCAUCAAGGUAUGGCAAUGACAUUGCCCUGAUUCAACUCAGGGGCCCAGUCAACUUCACCAAUUACGUCAGACCGAUCUGCCUGGCAAGUAACUCCAGCAGGUUCUACACCAACACCACAUGCUGGUCCACAGGAUGGGGCCAAAUCAACAGCAGUGGUUAG